AUGUCUUUUGAUCCUCAGUCAAAAGCCCGUCUCAUCUCCGACAAAGCUGAAAGCGAUCCAAACAAUGCAAAACCUAUGACUCUCUACAUCACCGUGCGCUCGCACGUCUUCGAGAUCCCCAAAGCUAUCGCCAUCCAGGCCUCCAAACGCUUCGCCAAAGCCUGGAUCGCCAAUCCCACCGCGCGAAACAUCUCCUUCAAAGUCGACGAUAUAGAUGGCGAGGAUACCGAUCCUGAUCCGGAACACUUUUACACCGUUGAUGCGAUCGCGCAUCUAGUUGGGUAUAUGUAUGGCAAUGAACUUGGGUGUCCGACGACGGAUGUGGAGAGGCAUUCGGGGUGUUUGGUGGCGUGGUGUAAGGUGCAUAAGUUUGCGAAGUUUUUUGAGAUGGAGGAGGCGGGCAGGAGGGUGUUGGAAAGGAUUAAGAUGUGUUUGCGGGUGAGGAGGGUGGGGGAGGGGGGUUCCAACGAUGGAGGAGGUGAGGGAGAUUUGGAGGAUGACGAGGGAGGGGGAGAUGGUUAG